AUGUUCCAUCCACUCCUCGUUCUUCUCAGCACAGCUGCCCUGUUGCAGGUUGGCCUCGCUACUCCCCUUAGCGUUCGCGACGUAGCCGCGGAGCCUGGAAACGUUACUUCGGACUCCCGUAAGUAUCAGAUUCCUGGCAGACAUAGCGAGGCAAGCCCGCUGAGAUUUGUAGUUGAAGACGCAGAGGCAGGACGUAACUGCUUUUGCACCAUGGAGUAUGCGCCAGUCUGUGCUGGCAACAAAGUGUACUCCAACAAGUGCAAGGCCAUGUGCGCUGGAGAGACGGAACAUUCGCUUGGAGGGUGUAAUCAGAGUUCAUAA